GUCUCAGCCAAAAACGCGACGGAGUCUUUGUACCUGAAAGAGAUGUUACACAGAUCCGCUCAGCCUUUCAAGCACAUCUCUUUGCUGUGGAAAGGAGAGCGUUUAUGAGCACAAAAGGGUUUUUAGGAAUGACCUACUGCAAAAAACAUCUCACGUUUACAAGUUUUGUCAGCCUUGUGUAAGAACAUAAGAACAUCACCUCUCCCUACCUGUUCCUUUGCUUCUGUUGUUAAAUAUCCUGCCUCACCUUUAGAAACAGUCUCUUUGCUGCUGUAACACCGAGCUGCAGCUGUCAGAGCUCCCUGCUCAACACUUAGUUAUAGCUGUUUAUUCAGGGCUGCACAGACAGAUACAGCAAACAGGCACCUCCCUUAUCUCCGUGCCUUCCAGCAGGAUUUGAUUACAGCCCUCAUUCCUGACUGACCUCCGUGGUUUAUGACCUGGCAUAUUCCCAGAUCCUAAUCACUAAUUGAUUACUAAUAGCAUGUAAUGCGCAGCUAAUAGUGCCUAAAUACAGUUGAGAGUUUGACCACGCUGAACUGUGCCCGAUUUUCACUGAUUUUUGAAGAACUUGCUUGAAUCUAGUUCUAGUGUCCAAAGAACUCACCUCUCCCAGCUUGCAUCACCUUCACAUUUAGAAGAGUUCUCUGUAUUUGCAAUCCAGGUUUCUAAUGAAUAUGUCAUUAGCCCCCUCAUGAUUCCUCUAAGCAUAUUAUGAACAGACUCCCUUUCUGCAGGGUUUUCUUAGGUUGUUUCCCACUCCUUUUGAGCCUGUCUUAUCCAGCCUUCCCAAGGAUCACAGCUCAGAGCUCUCUGCAUGAGAUUGGGAAGCUCAUCUUGCUCUGGUGCCAGUAACUUCUCCAAAUACCAGUGAUAGACACAUGGCUGCAUGGCAGGAUGACUGGACAAGGCAAUUCUGCACGGUCUUCCAGCAACAUCAGAAUCUGAUUUUCAACUUGGGAUGUCAGUGCUGUACCUAUCGCAUCUGUACUUAAAAGACAGCAGUUACAAAAGGAACCCACAGGGAGAUGACCCAGCGGACGUCUGAACGAACAGAGCAGGCUCUUCACUUGACUUUGGAGACUCCGCAGCUAUCAGCCUGUCUGUGACAUGCCUGCAAGCCAUGUGCUUUGAUGCAUGGUUUUUCUCAUUAACCAUCUAAACAUUACGGCCAGCACAAUGAGAGUUUGUCUGAUACUCCUUUGGAUAAGAAUUGUAGUCCAGCCACACAUACUUCAAUGUAAAGCAGUUCAGGUUUUCCCACCUGUUAACUUGACCCUUACAGUCUCUGCAUUAGCACAAGUACUUCUAAGCUGGAAGCCAAGCCCUGAUCAGGAACAAAAAAACUACACUAUUAGAUACGAUGUGAAAAUCUUAACUCCCUUGUUUGAAGAGUAUGAUACAAUGAAGACUCACAGUUUCCGAACAGCUGUACUUCACAAUGGUUUCUCUGCACACGUCCGGACAUUACUUCUCCAUAAGGGUCUUCAGGUGACAAGUGACUGGGUGACGGCAGAACUGCAGCCUCCACCGGGUGCUGAAAAUACAGCUGUCACUGGUUUGUCCUGUGUUACUCACUUCACCGUUUCUAGCACUGUUUCUCUCCAUUGCACUUGGCUUCCUGGUGAAGGGGCACCAGAAGAUACCGAGUACUUUCUGUUUUACAGGUAUGAGACCUACACGGAAGAAUGCCUAGAUUAUAUCAAAGACAAGUGGAACAGGAAUACAGAGGGCAGAUUCUCAGUGACUCAUAUUGCUCCUGGUGAGAUUGAUGAGCUCAUUGUAAUACACAUUAAUGGCUCCAGCAAGUAUGCUGCAAUCAAGCCUUUCCAGCAGUUAUUUAACCAAAAUGCCAUUGAGAAGGUGAAUGUUCCCAGAAAUGUCACUGUAUUCUUCGAGCAAGAUGAUCUCGUGGCCACAUGGGAGAAGCCACUUUCUGCAUUCCCUGAAGGCUGUUUUGAAUAUGAAAUUUACCUCAUCAACUUGAAGUCAGGUAACAAGCAGGUAUCAAAAACAUAUUUGCAUGACUUCAGAUUACGGAUUGAUGUUACCUGCAGAUAUUCCAUACAAAUAAGAGCAAAUCAUCACAUGUGUUCUGUAAGUGGAUUUUGGAGCGACUGGAGUGAAAUUGUUUAUAUUGGCAGAGGCAGUAGAGAAAUCCUCCCCGAGGAAAUGCAUCAGCAACAGCUCACAGGAAAAAUUGCAGGUUUCAACAUCUUGUUUACAGGCAAGUUCAUGAAGGCAGAGAAAUGUAGAUCCUGUGGAAAGGGUGAACAGAAGUGUUGGGAAAGACCUCUAGGAUCAUCCAGUUCGACCAUCGAACUCUUCCUGUGCCCCACAGCAGUGCCCUCACGGCCCUCUGUCUCUCCUUCCCACAGACAACACAUGUGGAGCAAACUGUUUCCGCCAAUUCCGACGCCCAGGAUCAAGUUCAGAGAUCCCUUUCCAAAUCACUAUGAGAGGGCACGCAGCUGCGCCAGCGAGACAUGGCUGGAGCCGGGCAGCCUGGCCGAGGGCCUCCCCUGCAGUGAUCUGCACAACAACGUCUUCUGAGGCAGCCACGAGGCCACAGGUGAAGAACUGCUCGGCUGUUGGUUCCAGCAUUGCUUGUCCAUCCAUUUAGAACAGCUGGUGUGAGCACUCUGCAACAAGCACAGUGGUGCCAAUGGCAAGGUGGCAGCCUUGACCCACAGACAUGGUGCAAGAGGGUACAGUGUAAGGGGAAAGAAGAUAAAAAAGCAACACUUUCCUGGCACAUGCUGAUGCCUUUCCUUAAACCCAUCUAUAAAACACAGCCUGGGAAUGCAGUCCUCAGUUAUGCGUAGCUAAGUUUGCCCUGUGGUUUCACCAGGGCUUUCUGAUACCAAGGGAGCUGGGCUCCUCUUCCAGUUGCCUUCAGCUGAGUUUGAAAAUCCAAGCCCAGUAUUGCAGCUCAUUCUUCUUAGCCAUCCAAGCAAGUUACUAGACCUGCCUGAAGCCAACCAAGCAGCUCUGGUCUGCCCUCACCAACUGCCCUGCUCUUUGAGUGCUGGCUGAAGAGCUCCUGCCCACCCGGCUGCCCCGAGCACAUAAGCAUGGAAUAUUAAGACCAAAAAACCCAACAGAACACCAAGCAAUGAAGUUGUCUGGAAAGUGCCUAAACAUAAUGGAGUUCCCAGGUGCUAAAGACAAGAAAUAAUUAUAAUAAAUGAGGCAGCUCUCAUGUGGGUGAAAUAGCAUGGCUCCAUCAAAAUUAAUGUAGCUCAUUAAUAUAACAAUGUUUGUUCCUCGAAUGUCUCUACUACUUGUGAUUGGAAUGGAUUGGAGGUGCCCAGCUUUAACAGUCUGAAAAUCAGUAUUUCAUUAUUAAAAUCCUAAAAGUGAGAUGAAAGAGAAUUCAUUUACUGUAAUGUAUUUCAUUUAUGUCAUGGCUUCAAGUACCCUAAUAAAUAAAAUUUCUAAAUAUAAUUUCACUCCCAUUAAUGGAAAGGUACUGCAGAGAUUAAUGCAAUGCGUUCAGUGUAGUUUGCAUUUGAGCUGUGCGCUGUGACUGCUCUGCACUUUGCAGUGAAAGCCUUCAGCUCUCGGGGCACCAGCGCUUGGACAGGACAUUUCUGCUGUAAGCUUCAGAAGUGACAGAUAGACAAGCUUGGGAUUUCCCAUGCUGCUGGUGGGGAUGCACACCAUGGGGAAACAACACAAACAGUCGCAGCCCAUUGCUUCUCUUGCCUGGCUUUCUGUGCUUUCUCCCCAUAGCCAUGCUGUUCAGGUGCUCCCCAUCAGGUGCCAAGCUCCCUACCUCCGUCUGAGUGUCUCUGCUUUAAUAAAUCUCUUUACAUUUCCCAUAGAAGAUGGCAAUUUUAAAACUUCUUUCUAAGAGCUGAAUUGCGUACAUUUGGUUUUAAGCACCGCUGACAGGCAAAGUGCAGUGGGUUCCUUUGAAACACCAAAGGAAACACCCGAGAUUAGGUGGGCUCCAAUCACGCAAAUUAGCUGCACUUAAAAGAACAGAAUCAGAAACACAAAAUGUUGCCACAGUCCACAAAGACAAGAAAGAAGCGAUGCCUUACCUGGAGGGAGGAGAGCGUUUGUUUUGUUCCUGAUCCUUUCUCAUAUCUUGAUGAGACACCCAGAUGCCCGAGCUGCACUCCAACCACACCGCUCUGCAUGGGAGCUUUGAAUGUUCAGGACUCUACAGUAAUAGCUGUUCUCACCCCAAUAGAUUUACUCUGAAGUGGAUCCCUACCAGGUGGGGAGGAGCCGGGUGGGCGCUGGGUGCUGACAUUUGUCAUUGUGGGUGAAAAGGGUCGGGGUGGAGAAAUGCUCCUGGCAGACAGGUAUCUUUACAAAUGACAGAAUAUUUAUUAACAAUACCUUUAAAAAAAGGUUACAUCUGCUAGUUCACUGAUAAAUAUCAUUUACACCGGGGAGAAAACUACAGCUCUUUUGUUGUUUUUUUUGUUCCAUUUUUCUUGGUUUUGUGUUUUUUUUUUUUUUUUCGCUUUUUUUUUUUUUUUUUUUUUUUUUUUUUUUUUUUUUUUUUUUUUUUUUUUUUUUACAUAGAAGUAACCAUAUCAAACUAAGAAAGAAACACAGCUUGAAAUACUGACAAUAUUUCUCUGGUCAACACCCCUGACUUUCACACAAGUGGAAUCCUGAUUAUGCGUUACUGAAUAAAUAUAUUUAGAAGGUCUAAAAGUUAACUGUAUUAUUUUGUAAGCAAAAAAGACAAGUUACAGGCAAAUUCAAGCUAUCAGGAAAAAAAAUAAUAGUAAACCACUGCUGCGCAUUUAAACUUGAAAAUUGUAUAGAAAAUUCCAUUGCCUUGUACUAGCGUUAUCCCAUCUGAGUGAACGUACAAAAGUACCCCGUAGUAACAAACAGUCCUUCUCUGAAGAAGAUGAUUUUUGCUGUGGAUUUUGUCAUUUUCCGGCAUGCUGCUGUUACACCUCCGAGGGGCUCCCCGUACCGCUGCUGGGCCCCAGUGGGUGCCAGAAUGGGGCUGGAGAGGAAGAUGACUAAAGGAUGGGGGAGGAAAGCGUGUGGGCAGCGCUGAGCCCGGUUGCAUUGCGUGUCGGAGCGCUGCUAUUGGUGUCCUUGGAGCAAUGUGAGCACAAAUUUGCAGCAGGGCCCUCAGGGGGACACCCACAGGUACCCAGCAUCUCCACGCUACCUCC